AAUUUAUAAAUAAUCCCGAAUGGCCAGUGGUCGCGACGGUGCGGCAGACCGCGGACGGCGCGGGCGCGCACCGAAAUGUUUCCCCCUCGGAAACCUGGACCUGCCGCGAUGUAGCGCUGACGGCAAGCGACCCGAACCCGCGAGUGAAACCGGUGAUUUGUGACCUUUUUAGUGAUAUAAGGAAAACCGCUUCCGCUCAUACCCUCCGCGGUUCACUUAGCGUUUUAUUUAUUCAUCAAAUAAUUGACUUAUACAUUGACGUUCAGUAUUUGCACAUGUGUUAAAGAUUUCUCGUGUUCAUCUGAUUAAGCAAACCUGUCGUUUCCAAUUUGCUGAAGAGUGAAUAGUUGUCUGACACUUUUGAAAUUUUCCUCGUGUGAUUUAUGAAGUGAAGUCACGGAUCUCAUUCAACUUUUAAUGAAUGAUGGUUCUUUUUGGUCGACGUUAGUGGAAGUCGUAUUCGAUUUCAGGGAGUGAUUCCGUUGGAUCGACGGAUGAAUGCAUUAGGAUAUCUAAUUUUAUCUCACUUAGUUCCUCGAUGAACACGUCGCAUUAUGAUAGUUAUAAUGAAGUAAUGCUGUUCAACAAGUUUGUGUGUGUAGUUUAGUGGUGUGUGCAAAAAGCGAAAAUGAUGCAAGGAUUGUUGGAUUCUCUGUACAAGAUCUAUUCAGAUUGGCGCGCCCCGAUGACGGACGAGUCGGAGGCGGCGCGGCGGGGGCGCGGGGUGCCGCCGGCGCCGCCGCCCCGCCCGAGCGUCCGCCCCGAACCGAAGCCCCGUUCAGCCCCACCUCGGCUCAUAAGACCGUCAGAACACCUGGCGAUAGUCGAGAAAGCAAUGGCAGAGAAGGCCAUGGCGAGGCCCAUGGGUGACAGGCCGAUGGAGCGCCGGCCUCCGCCCCUAAUGCCGGCGGUGACGGUGCUGCACGGGCCGAGGCCGGCGCCGCCGCCGCCACCACCAGCUCCCAGGCCGUUCAUACCGCCCACGAGAAUGCCAGCUCCUGCUCAUCCUGUUGUUAUGAGGCUGCCGCAACCACCGAGAAAUCCUCAGCCCCCAACGUUAGUGCAAGCUCCGCCGGUGGCGCUCCCCCCGCAGGCGUCCGCCCCCGCGCCCACCUCCCCGCACUGCUCCGCGCCGCGCACCAUCGUCAUCCAACGGCCGGACGCCAGGCACGGCUUCGGCUUCACCCUUAGGCAUCUUGUUGUUUACCCACCGGACUCUUUACAAGAGUUAUACGAGGAUGCGCGGCACCUGGCCGUGGGCGCGGUGGGCGCGCCAAUGGACACGAUCUUCGUGAGGUCGGUGCGGCCGGGCGGGCCGGCAGCGCUCGCGGGCCUGCGGGCCGGUGACCGCGUGCUCGCUGUCAACGGGGAGCCCGUGGCGUGCGGCCGCGCGCGGGCGCCAUACGCGCGCGUCGUGCAGCUCGCGCAGCGGGAGCCCCGCGUGCUGAGGCUCACUGUGGUGCCGAGGGACCACGAUCUGCUGCAGAGGUAUUUCAGCGAAGCAGCCUACAAUCCAGAAACGAACCAGCGACCAAUAGACAUGCCGGCUCCGAUCACAGAGCACGAGUCGCGGCUGUUCGACGCGUACCGGCGGCCGCGCGCCAGCCUGCCCGCGCUGGCCGGCCCGCAAGCCCCCGCGCGGCACCGCGAGGACCCGGAGUACGCGACCGUCGCGCCCGCAACGCCGAGGUUCGACGCACGGCUUGCGAACGCGCCGCAUUAUAUUAUACAUGAUGGCAGGCGGGAAUCCGACAUAUCACUGCCAUCAUCAGCAACGGAGAGCAAGGACAGUCUCGGCUCAUUCGAUUCGAACUCAACGCUCACGGGCCGAGAGCUGGACGACUCGAUAAUCCUCUCCCGAAUACGAAAGAGCCUCGAACAAAAGGAGGCUUUCCUCAGACGUCCCAGCCAACCCACGGGAUGGGUGACCCCGGACGCGCCGCCACCGAUCAAACAGAAGGAGUUUUACGCUCGACCGCAGAAACUUCAAAAGCCGGCUUGGCCACCUCCCCCCUCCUCCCCACCGCUGGCUGCCUCACCCCCGCCGCAACACCACGAAAGAAAAGAAGAAUGCGCCACAAGCGUCGAUAGUGGCACCUACAGUGGUUAUGGGGAGGUGAACGGCAAUAAUGAAAAGAAAAUUAAACAAGACAGGAGUCAGUUCGUGGCCACACUGUCAAAAAUACAAGAAACGGCGCCGAGUAUUCAGAGCAAUAAUGUGGGGACAGUCAGCAAUGGAACGAAUGGUGACAACAAAGAUGACUCGAAUCACCAAGAUAAUAGAUACCCAGUACCUGAACUACAGCUAGUAACAGCGCGGACCCGGCAGCUGGAAGAAGCGCGCGGUGUAGGCGAGAAGCGCACAGAAGUGGCCCGCAGUGAGCUGGCGCGGCUGUCGGCCACGCGGCUCGAGCCCAGCGUGGCGCUGCGCCGCAAGGAGUUCGAGACGCGCGCCGGCCGCAGGGAGGCCCGCUCGCUCGACGUGCAACCGCAACAAGAUCUAGAUCACGAGCCGACGCCCCUGGGCGGCAGCUUGUCCGGCAACCAGCUAAUGAUCACCGGCAGCAAACACCUGCAUUGUCCGCCUCCCGAUGGAUAUGUGCCCGAAACGGAUAAGGUUCAAAUGCGAACAAGGUCGAAUAGUACCGGCAGUGAAGGAUUACCUAUUAGAAGACAUCAUGCCACAGAUGGCAGUCACGCGAAGCGACGUAUGGGGCUGAACAGAGAGCAAAUGGAGGCGAUGAAUCGCGUGUCGCUAGGGCGGGACGAGGGGCCGCAGAGACCCACGCAGCUGAGCCUGGCCCCCUCGCCCCCCGCGUCCGGCUCGCCCUCGCCCACGCCAAGCACGCCCGCCGACUCAGGUUUUGCUGAUGAUCUCGUCACGAGACGACAAAAGAAGGAUGCACAAUUAGGAGAAGAAGAACGCGCUAUGCGAAGAGUUUCUUACUUAAAAGCAACAUGGGGUGAUCGGUUGCACUUGGACAGUGAUGUUGAGCCAGAAAUCGACCACCACGCCUUAAGAAGUGCUUACCGCAAGUGGCGCCCCCCUCGGUUCGCCGACGACAUAACUCCGCUGCUGCGGAUAUUCGACCCGCACGCGACCUCCCCCACUCGUUCAGAGAAGAAAGACCAAGAGGCGCCAGACAAUGUAGAGGCCUUACAGGGAGAUGUGCAAGGCAACGUGCAAAUAAAGAUGGUGGUUAGUAAUGGAAAGCGUGCCAGCGAUAGAUCGUGGAAGCAGGUGUGGGCGGUGCUGCACGGGACCAAGCUGUAUCUGUACCGGCACAAUCCUACCCAGAGCCCCGGUGCAGUGACGGGCACGGGCACGAACGCGGAGAGCUCGCGAGACGCACUCGACGUGCGCUAUUCGCUCGCCGCGCUCGCUGACGACUACACGAAGCGAAAACACGUCGUCAGAGUGACCACGGCGGCGGGUGCUGAGUUAUUAUUACAGGCGGAUGGCGCAGCAGAUGCUCAAAGAUGGCUGGCCGCCCUCAGACGACACUCAGCAGAACCUCCCGUAGAGUCAGCAGCACUCCCGGAGCCUCCCUCCUCCGCACCUCCCACCACAACCGCCCCUCCGCCCUCCGCAGACUGCUCAUCGCCACUCCCCCCACAGAGAAGCAAAAAGAUCGGCAGGAACAGAUCGCCUACAGAAUCGUUUCCAGUGUCCAUGGUGGGCCCGCCCACGCCCACGCUCCCCUCGUCCCCCAAGAACAAGACGUGGAAGGGUCGCAUGGCCAAGCAGUUCCGGCGCAUGCACGGCGGUGCGCACGCCGCGCCGGCCGCCGCUACGGGCUGGCUCGGCGCGCCGCUCGAGCGCUGCCCCACGGACCCCAACCACCCGCUCGUGCCGAAGGCUGUUACCUUGCCUGCUGAUGCUGUGGAGGCGUACGGUCUCCGCACAGUAGGCGUGUACCGAGUGCCCGGCAACGCCGCGGGUGUAGCGGCGCUCGCGGCGGCGCUGGACCGCGGGGAGCCGCCGCCGGAGGGCGACCCGCGCUGGGCCGACGUGCACGUCGCGUCCAGCCUGCUCAAAGCGUACCUUCGGAGGUUGCCCGACCCGUUGUUGACUGCUGAGCUGUAUCCCGCUUUUAUUGAAGCGGACCGGUCGGCGGAGCGCGCGCAGGCGCUGCGGCGGCUGGUGCGCGCGCUGCCCGGCGCGCACUACGCCACGCUGCACUACCUGGUGCGGCACCUGCGCCGCGUGGCCGCGCACGCGCCCGCCAACAAGAUGGAGCCGCGCAACCUCGCCAUCGUGUUCGGGCCCACGCUCGUGCGCGCCGCCAGCGACGACAUGCUCGCCAUGGUCAACGACAUGUCCAGCCAGUGCCGCAUCAUCGAGUCCUUCCUCACGCAUUAUUCGUGGUACUUCGAGGAGGAGGACGGCAGUCCACCCGCCGAGCCGCCGGCCGCCGACCCGUUGUCACCCGCGCCCGCGCCCUCAAGGGACCUGCUCAUACACAACGUCAAGAAGAUCGAAGCGUUAUCCCUAGGCAAGGACGUGUCGACGCGCGACAUAGUGUCGUCCAUAAUAUCGGCGGCGAACCGCAAGAUCCAGCGCAAGCCGCGCAAGAGCGACAAGAAGUGGGAGGUGACGCGCGCGGACGCGUCGCCCGGCGCCUCGCCCCCGCGCUCCCCGCCCGCGCACAUCGCCGCGACCUACGAGGACAAAAACGAAUUGGAUUCAAUGAGCCGCGGUCGACAGGAUAUCUCGCGACACACACACUCGCUUAACAACUUCUCUAUAGACGGAACCGGAGAUUUAGUGUCUUCUCUCACGAGCACCUUCGAUCAGAAACUGCGGACUCUCAACAACUCGUCGCCGCUCGACGACGGCAGCAUCCCGUACGCGGACGAGGGCCAGGACGAGCCCGACGAGGGCAAGUCCGCCGACAGCACGCCGUCCGAGGGCAGCCUGCGCUCCGAGCGCUCCGAGCGCGACGAGCCCGAGCGGGCGUCCCCCGCCCUGCGCGCCAGCGAGCUGAAGGCGGCCUGGCUCGCGCGCGACCACCGCCACUCGUCCUCCAGCAGCGCCGACGAGCCCGAGCGCUGGCCCCGCGCGCCCCGCCCCGCCCCGCCCGCGCCCGCGCCGCACGGGCCCGACGCCGACGACUCCGAGAAGGAGAACUGCGACCGCAAGCCGGGCCGCGAGGACGCGCGCGCCGACGAGAAGGACGUCGACACGCGCUCGCAGGCCUCCAGCGGCGGGCCGCUGCCCGACAACGACAAGCGGCCGCACGCGCUGCGCCUCGCCAACCCGGAGGGCGGCAAGCGCAACAGCGCGGCGCUGGGCGACGAGCCCGCGCGCGCCGCCGCCGCCGCCGGGGACGGCGCCAAGCUCGCGCGCUCCGAGUCGCUGCCGCGCGAGCCCCCCGCCGCGCGCGCGCUGCGCUCCGACAGCCUCAACUGCCGCGCCGAGCGCCCGCAGCGCUCCGAGUCGCUGGGCAAGGGCGAGCGCCCCACCAAGCUGGAGAAGGGCGAGUGGAACGUGGUGCGGCGGCGCGAGGCGGGCGCGUGGCGCUCCACCAAGCUGAAGCGCAAGAACGGCAUGCCCGAGCGCGGCAUCAAGCGGCGCCACACGGUGGGCGGCACCAAGGACUUCGACAAGGACGGCUGGUCGGCCCGCCACACGCGCACGUCGUCGCCCGACCUGUCGGCCGCCUGGCCCGCGCCGCUCGACCGGCCCGCCGACCGGCCCGCCGCCUGGCCCGCGCCGCUCGUGCCCGCCCCGCGCCCGCCGCUCGAGUCGCACGUGUGACCGCCGCGCUGCUGCACUGGUGCCUCGCUAGUUGGUGCUGAUCUGACGUGCUACGGCUCCCCUCCUUCGAAACGUUCACAGAGAGAGGCUAUAAUUUUGAUUCGUUUCAAUUGACUGAGUAGUUGUAUCGACGCUUAUCAUAAUGAAAUUAAUACUCGAGCUUUAGGCGAUCAGUGGCGGGCGUCGCGAAAGCGGCGACCUCGAUGAAAUUUAAAUUUUAGGAUACCGUACGAAAAAAUUUUAUUUUAAUGAAAUGAUUGACGUGAAAUUUUAUCAUAAAAUAGUGCAAUAGCUAAUAAUAAAAUAGCGAUGAAAACUAUAGAUUGUAAUGAAAUCGUGCUCACUAAAUAAUGCCAAAGAAUGAACCCCGGACCGCGGUGAGGCGCGGUCGCGGCCGGCGACGAGCGAUGCGAGCGGAGUGAAUGAGCGGUUGAGAGGACACUUAUAAUAAGAUUUCAACUUUUUAAUUAUGCACACAAUACGCUGCAUUCCCACAAAUCUACUCAAUCGAUGUAGCUCGACUCCCUUUGUAGGUGUAAACUACUUUUUACGGAGUUAAGGUGGAUGAGGUACUUUAAGAGUGCGAAAUGAAAUAACCAUUUAGUGCUACUCGUAUGUGAUGUUCAAUGAGAAAAGCCGACGGCUUAUUCGUAGUUAAGUGAAUUGUACCAGAAGGUAUUCAAAAUAUGACCAGAUAUGUAACACCACGAUAAUUUUAAGAUGAUAACGUAAGAUAUAUUAUAGGUAAUGACGAUUUCGACGAUAGUAAUAAGAGAAAGCAUACAUCACCUCCUUGCCUUCGCGAUAGUUUUAGCGAUUUGAACUAUGUAUGUGCACAAUAAAUAUUAUCGAAUAUAUUAGAAACUCUCGUAAUUAAAAAUGACGAAGAGAAUCAUACUGUUUUUCUUACCUACGCUAAUAAUAAUAUCAAUGUUAAAACUGUAAAGCUAGAAGUAUGGUUUUGGACUCAUUUUUGUUCACUAGAGUUAUUUACACUUUGUGAGUUGAAGUUACCUUAUAGUGUUUCUUUCAGCGAGGAAGUCUGGUGUGAAAAUUAUUAUAUGUUUGAAAGAAUAUUGGCGAAUAGUCAAAUAUACAUUUUAAGUUUUUACUAUGAGUUUUAAUGUAAAAUGUACAUAUUAUACUUUUAUUUGUAAAUAAUGGACGCAAUAUAAUUAUUAUUCACUUUUUUAUAAUAAAUAAUAAUAAUAUACUCUUACAGUAGCGUCUCUAGUGAUCCGCUAAAAGUUGAUGUUCACAUUUUUAGUGAUAAUGAUUUAAUGAUCACUUUAGCUUUGUAUAAAUUGUACAUUUCUUUUAAUAUUAAUUUAUAUUAAAUUUUGUUAUCGUAGCUUUGUUGAAUGCAAUUAUUUUUUUAUUGUUUUGUUUAUCGAGGAAAAGUAUUUUAGGCUAAAUUCAAUUGUUAUUUAUUUGCGAAAGAUGUGAAGUGAUUUGGCACAAUUUCCUUUUAAAAAAUGUAUGCAAUUAGGAUUUUUAUGUAAAUAUUACAUAGUAUUGAAAUACGUUUUAGACUUUCAUUAACUUUUAAAAAUUUUAUUACCAUCUUUACGUUAAGACGAUCUCAAGUUUGUUGAAUGUUUGCAAAGCGUUCCUUUUAAAGUUUUAUUUUGUAAAUAUAUCUUUUAAUGUAGUGACAGUGAAUUUACUAAUUUUACUGCAUUGUAUUACGUAGAGUAGAUGGCGCCUCGGCAUUGCUACAAUAAAAGACAAGUCACGCUGAGACACGCUCGUAGGACCGUUUACAAUUUGUAUACAAAUUAACUUUAUGCUCUUCGUGUAUUCUGCUAUGAAAUUCGAUUAAACACGUUAAGAUGUUAUGCAAGUUUGGUUUAAACCAGAUUUACAAUAAUUUUCAUUGUGUAUAUUUUGGAAAAAUGAAAAUAAAUAACUGAAUCAAUUUCAA